AGAUGCGUGAGCUUGGAAUCCUUGGAAUGUUGUUCGAUGUUCCGUUCGCCUCUCGAUUGGUCUCGUCGCACGCAAAAUCCAUAAUCGUAUAUCGCAUAUCGCAAUGGCCGUGGAAUACUCGCGUUUACGCGUCACUCGAGCGCGUUCCUAACCAUCCCUUGCGAGGGCAAGGGCUUACCUUACGUGGCCGCAAGACGGUCAACAUCAGAUUUAAAAAAAAAAGAAAGGAAAAAAGACGUCAAUCUAACCAACGUAUCCGCGCACGUUUCACUCACAACAAGGCGUACGCGCACAACAAUAUCAGGUGACAAUGACGUGAUAAAGUGACGGAUAACGUGCCGAUCUUAUUUACCGCGAUGCCUCUGAGUCGUCUGGACGCUGUUUACAGAAGCAUAUUGCUCACGAAGUUCUUCGCGAAGGGCUGGGGCAACCCCCAAAAUCUAAAAAAAAUUUUUGAAUUCAGAAAAGUCAUCGCAAAUCGAGAAGCGUGCUACAAUAUGAUCCCACUUGAUUAUCCAGUAGAAAUAACAAAAGAUGAAGUAUGGUCAGAUUGUCAUAUAAUCGAAGGUCAGUUUGAGACGCCUUUUGAAAAACAUCUCCCAGGACUAAUGCCAGAUCAGGCUAAAAUAGCUUACUUUCAAGUAAUUUUACCAACCAAAUGGAGUUCCCACAAAAUAAAGCCAAUUUGUUUACAUCUUGCAGGAACAGGAGAUCAUUUUUUUUGGCGACGUAGAAAUCUUAUCGCUAAACCACUACUCAAGGAGACUGGGAUAGCAUCGAUAUUAUUGGAAAAUCCAUUUUAUGGUCUGAGAAAGCCGAAUAAUCAAAUACGUUCUAGUUUGAAUAAUGUAUGUGAUAUUUUUAUUAUGGGAGGCUGUCUAAUAAUGGAAUCAAUUGUUUUGUUAAAUUGGUGCGAACAACAAGGAUUUGGUCCAUUAGGUCUCACUGGAUUAUCAAUGGGUGGACAUAUGGCUUCUUUAGCAGCUACUAAUUGGCCGAAACCGAUAUCGUUAGUACCUUGCUUGUCAUGGUCAUCCGCUUCACCUGUAUUUACAGAAGGUGUAAUGAGUGCUUCGAUAAAUUGGUCACUUUUGGAAACACAAUAUUUUUCGAAUAAGAUAUAUCAGAACGAUCUCGCAAAAAUGGUGAAAAUCAUUGAUAACGAUGAUGCUUUCUUAGCUGGGCAACAUUUCGUACAGCAUUAUCCUGCGAGCAUGAAGAGAAUUGAUAAAUUACGAAAAGACUCUGAAGAAAGCUGUAAAGACAAUAAUACUGUAGAUAUGAAAAAUGGUACAAAUUCUAUUAAUAAUAUUAGCGACAAUAAUAUUUCUGUCAAAUGCGAAUCUGAAAAUGAGAGCAAUCAAUUGCAAUGUCAGAUUGCGGAAGAAAAGGCAGCAGCUAAAAUAUUCCCGUUAAGUCUGAUUUCCAACAAAUUUAAACCAAAAGAUCCCAAUGCCCUCAAAGGAGUUUGCUUAUUGCCAGUGUCGAAGCAUCCACUGUUUUCAGACAACAAAUGGCGCGAACACGAAGCAUUGCAAUUUAUGCGCGGUGUAAUGGACGAAUGUACACAUUUGAAAAAUUUCGAGAUACCUGUCGACACUGAAUUAAUUAUCGCUGUUUGCGCCAGAGAUGAUGCUUAUGUGCCACGCGGUCAUUGUAUGAGUCUCGAAAAGAUAUGGCCAGGAGCUGAAAUUCGUUACAUCGAUGCUGGCCAUGUUAGUGCUUAUCUUCUUCAUCAGAAAGUUUUUAGAUCCACGAUAGCUGAAUCUAUUCAACGAUCUUUGAAGAAAUAUCCUGUUGAGACAAGUUGAUGAGCAAAAUUUGCAAAAUUAAUCGAUGCGCAUUGUUUUAGAGGAUAUUUUAAAUUUUAAUUAGAUAUAGAAUAUUUUUCUGAAAUUUUAUCGAUUGAAUUUAUGUAGUAUUAAGAACCGCCAUAUACACGCAUGAUUUAUUUUUGGAUAACUGCAGAUAACAAUCUGCUAUUAAAAAAGUACAACUGUUGCAAUCAAUUCAAUCGAGUAUAGUAUAAUUAAUGUCAUUAUUGUGAGAAUACAUCGAAGAAGAUAUCUGCUGAUAAACCGUUUCUAUACGAAACAAUGUAACAGCAGAUUUUUAUAUGACUAUUUAUAUGUAGAUUUAUACACAAUUUCAAUGAAAUACAUUGUCUCUUCACAAGUGCAAUCUAA